AUGGAAUACACUAUUGUGGUAGCUGAAAUGGCAGAUUCUCCGGCCACAUUACAAUACCUCGCUCCUUACACAGGAGCAGCUCUUGCUGAAUAUUUUAUGUACCGUGAACAACACACUUCAAUCAUUUAUGACGAUCCCUCCAAACAAGCACAGGCUUAUCGCCAAAUGUCUCUUUUAUUACGAAGACCACUGGGCUGCGAAGCUUAUCCCAGAGAUUUUUUUUAUUUGCAUUCACGCCUUUUGGAAAGAGCUGCUAAAUCAAGUUCUAGUUUAGGCGAAGGAAGUAUGACUGUUUUACCAAUAGUUGAGACCCAAUCGGGAGAUGUUUCAGCUUAUAUUCCUACUAAUGUAAUUUCGAUUACAAAUGGACAAAUAUUCUUAUCCACUGAUCUGUUCAAUUCUGGAAUCCGCCCUGCUAUUAAUGUAGGCAUUUCGGUUUCCAGAGUACGAUCCGCGGCUCAAAUUAAAGCCAUGAAACAGGUAGCUGGCAAAUUAAAAUUAGAAUUGGCACAAUUCGCAGAAUUAGAAGCCUUUGCACAAUUUGCCUCUGAUCUCGAUAAAGCUACUCUGAAUCAAUUGGCAAGAGGUCAAUGAUUACGUGAAUUACUCAAACAAUCUCAAUCGGCCCCCCUUGCGGUGGAAGUACAGAUAAUCACUAUUUAUACCGGAACGAACGGUUAUAUUGAUUCAUUAGAAAUUGGACAGGUAAUGAAAUUUCUACUUGAGUUACGGAAUUAUUUAAAAAUGAAUAAACCUCAAUUCCAAGAAAUCAUAUCUUUUACCAAGACAUUUACUGAAGAAGCAGAAGCCCUUUUGAAAUAAGCUAUUCAAGAACAGAUGGAGUAUUUUCUCCUUCAAGAACAAGUCUAAAUAAAUUGAUCUUUUUAAAUCUGUAAAUUUGUAUAUAUUAAGUAAGAAGUGUAUAUAAGAAGCGGAUCUUUUAUAUAAGCCAUUCAAAACAUCUUUCUUGAUAUAGAAAUAUCAAAUAGAAAAUACAUAUGGAAAUAAAUUGCGUCCAAUAGGAUUUGAACCUAUACUAAAGGUUUAGAAGACCUCUGUCCUAUCCAUUAGACAAUGGACGCUUUUCAUUUCAAUUUUAUUUUUUAUUUUUAAUAUUCAUAAAAAAUGAAUAUAGGAUAGGGCCGGGAGUUGGGUAUUCAAUUUGCAUUUUAAU